CAUGCUCAGUAUAGGGCACAAUAAAAGCAGAAGAAUGAGAAGUAUUAAAUGCUCCCAGUUAAUGGUUGUAGUACUUCUAAGAAAUUGUGAUCGAGUUUUCAAGAAUAAUCAUGGCUGAAAAUGACACUUCUGGAAAUGCAGAGAAACAGUUACCUAAGCCAAGAGAAGACCUUAUAGGAACAGCUGUGAAAUUUUUACAAAAUCCCAAUGUCCAGAAAAGUUCUUUGACACAUCAGCAGGCAUUUUUGAAGAAAAAGGGGCUCACAGAUGAAGAAGUACAAAUUGCUUGUGAACGUGCAGGCUGUGUUGGAAGGCAAAGCAGUAAUCAGUUACAGACAGUGCUUCAACAUACACCUGUACCUGUGACAUCUCUUCCUCCACCUUAUGUGUUGCACCAUCAGUCUGUUUGGUCCAAGUUUCGAGACACAUUAAACACAAUUGCGGUCAUAGGAGGCAUUGCAUAUGGAAUAUAUUGGUUUUACAAGAAAUUUGUAGAACCAUUCUUAUUUGGUGUAAAAGAGAAAAAGAAGUCUAUUGAAGAUUCAAUAUCAGAAAUGAAUGAAGGACUAAAUAAGGUUCAUGUAAACCUCGAGAGAAUCUGUGAUCAACAGCAACAGCAGCCUGAACAGAGCGCUUCCAUGUCUAAACAAAUCCAGGAGUUGAAAGGAGAAAUAGCAACAGUCAAAGGACUUCUACUUAGCAGGCACCAAUUCCCAGCCGCUACUUCUAGCAAUCCACUGGUCCCUCCUUCCAUCCCUGCAUGGCAGCUGUCAUCAUCUCCCCAGGCAACUGAUGGUGAUGAAGGAGAACAAGGACAAAAAGAAGGUGACAUGGAGGUGUGUACAAGUGGCUCGGGCUCCAGUGAAAAUGAGGUUGUCAUUAAUACUGGUAGUGACAGCAGCCUUGAAAUGAUCAGGGAAUAGAAGCAAAACAAGUACCAAACACUGAAAUCCAGUGCAGUGCUUUUAAUGGCUUCCAUAGUAUCAGCCACUAAGAAUACUUAAAUUUCAGGAAUGGCAUGACAGUAAUUAGUGUUUCUGCAUCUUAACUGAUGCCAGUCAAAAAGAAGACAUGACUGUUAUGUGUGCAUUUAAUGUGAUUAUAUGUGGACAUGAAAUUAAUGUAUUCUUUAAUGAAGAAUACAGACACUUGAAAUCAUCUGCUUUGUUUUCCCACUUAUAACUUUGGAAAUGAAGAAACAACACCUUCAAAAAUUCUGCUUUAUAAAUUUGUACUGUGGUGUCA